CUAAAUACGGCAUCUAAAAUGGGAGAGUCCACCAAACCAUGAUUCGUCGUCUUGCCAGCUGCCACUCUCUCGAGUUUUAUAAAAUACUAUAAAGCAUAAUCCAAGGUUAGUAGAGCUCCAUAAACUUUUGUCAAAAGCCAAGAGAUAGAGGCAGCCUCCCGCAUCUUACAAGUUACAAGACGUCUUUCAUUAUUUGUGAAAGAUAUGGCUUCUUCAAAGGUUUACUUAUUUGAUGAGAUUUCCAAGCACAACAAAACCAAGGAUUGCUGGCUUAUUAUCUCUGGCAAGGUGUAUGAUGUCACCUCGUUCAUGGAUGAUCACCCCGGAGGCGAUGAGGUUUUGCUGUCAUCAACAGGGAAAGAUGCAACAAACGAUUUUGAAGAUGUGGGUCACAGCGAUGAUGCUAGAGAGAUGAUGGAAAAGUAUGUCAUUGGUGAGGUAGAUGUAACAACAGUCCCAACAAAACGCCUCUACGUAGCACCAGGUUUGGGAGGAACAAACCCUAAAGACGAUAAGCCUGGGUUUCUGAUUAAGAUCUUGCAGCUACUCGUGCCCCUCCUGAUCUUGGGCUUGGCUCUUGCCGUCCGAACCUACACCAAAAAAGAAUAGAGGCUAUGAUUUAUCAAUAUCUAUCUUUUUAAGGGGUUAGAUGGGGGAUUCAAUCAGUUUAAUUCUUAAAACACUCUUUUGUUUUGUUCCUCCGUUGCAUUGUGUUUGUGCUGAAGUUAGCUAGGGGUCCAUAAUUGAACCCAUUGGUAUUUAUUUGGAACAGUUAGUCACUUGUAAGUGGUAACUGGACAUGUCUGAUUUUGUUGGUUGAUAAACAGGAGCUUUCCACUUUUGAAA